CCUCGCUUCCCACGUAUGUUGGCCUCGGGCUGCUCUGUGGGUCCGAACUCUGGCUGGAAGGCCGGCAGUGCCAGGCCUGGACCGAGAGUGUGCCCAGCAGGAGGCCAGGAGCAAGGGGGUGGCCGUGAAGAUGGUGAGGAGUGAUGGCUGACGUCCCGCUCCACCGACUCCAUGACCUUAGGGUGCUGUUGUGGCUCAGGAAGGGGCCUCUGGAGCCCUGGAGAACCCACGGGUGCUGUACCACUGCAUGGACACUCUAACGCAAACCCAGAUGGUGGCCGCGUGGGGCCAGUGUCAGGUGUAAGCUUGGGGAGACGAGGUACAGCUAAAGCCUCAGGGUCACAGAAGGAGCGAGGUGUGGAGCGAGAGCGGGGGCUGGGGAUAAGGGCCUCGGGGGGCCAGCUGGCCGGCUCUGACUGCUCCAGAGGGGGCCCGGUGCCUGGCUCAGCCCCUUCCCAGGUGGUGGAAGGUAGGGAUAACCCCAAGGUGCUCUUGCAUGGGCUGCAGGAAACCUCCCAGGAGCCUUGGUGCCCCCCAGGGGUCCCCACCCAGGUGCCCACCCCACUGAUCCCUGGGAACAGGCCAAGGGUCAGGCUGGGUCAGUGGGCAGGAGGCUGCCCUGGGGAGGUCCAGCCUCACUGUGGCCGUACAGGCCGGCGUGUACAGGGAGGGCUCCAGGACUCCUGUUCCAGCAGCGCCAGGACUGUCCUGUGGCCCAGCCAGGGCCAUGGCACCAUCCACUGGGAAGCCGGUCGGAUGCCUGGAGGCAAAGAGAGGGUGGCAGGGACAAGAGAAGUGGCUGCAUGGACGCCAACCAGGAGCACAUGGGGCAGAGGCCGUGGGCCUGAAGUCCUGGUAAGGAACGCGGAACUAAAAAGCUACCACCAACCGGAAGACCUCGGGAAAGGUCAAAAGGAGAGAGGAGACUCCAGUCCCCAUGUCCUACCACCCUCUCAGAAUCCUCCACUCUGGAAUCCGUCUUGGCUGAGCAUUGGGCAUGCCACCAGGAAAGACCCUGAGUCAGAGUGAUUGGCCAGAGACAACCUGGAAACUAACCCCAUCACCAUAAAACCCGAGACUGUGAGCCACGUGGCAGAGCACUCCUCCUGGGCUCCCUCACCCCG